CUCGAGUACUCUGUGAGGGAGAGCUGCGAAGAUGAAAGUGAAGAUGCUGAGCCGGAACCCGGACAAUUAUGUCCGCGAAACCAAGUUUGACUUACAGAGAGGUGAGGCGGGAAAGGAACGUCUUCCGCGACUCCUUGGGUCAGGUCUCAGCUUUUACCGAGCGAAGGUGGGGGGAGGCCAGCGUUCCAGUCGCGUUCUUUACCAGUUCCAACAUAGGGUUGUUGUGUAACUGAGUAACAAAUGGGGUCUUUUCAGGUUCCUUUUAAAAGAAUUACCUCUAGUGGUAAGUGGGAGAGGGAGCCAUGCUCCCCCCUCUCCCUUUUCCAUCUGCUGUUCUGUCGUCAGCUUCCAAAUGGUGAAAAGUGGGGUUUGAAUGAGCCAAACGGGUGGGUUGCGGGUUUAAGGCUUCUUUAAACUUUCCUGUUGGCUUGCUCGCUUUGCUACUUAAAAGACCUAUUUCUGAAUGUAAGAAGAAAGAAAGAUGAAAUUUAAAGCCAUUAGUUUUCUCUUAACAUCUCUUCUGGAAAUUUGAGGGGAGAAUGGGUAAAAUGAAAUUAAUGAGUUUUAUUUAUCUUUACGGUCUCAUGUCGACCGCUUAUGAGUUAUAGUUUGUGAUAUUUAAAUGACAAGGUACCAAUCGUGUGUGAACCGACCGUUCUAAGUGAAGAGAACAACAGGUGCAAAGCCUUAAGACAGGAAUGAUCCUGAAGCAUAGAAAAGAAGGGUCCUGUCAUCGAAGUGUUAAUGAGGGUUCCAAGAAAUUAUGAUCCUACCUUACAUCCUUUUGAGGUUCCACGAGAGUAUGUAAGAGCUUUAAAUGCUACCAAACUGGAACGUGUAUUUGCAAAACCAUUUCUUGCUUCCUUGGAUGGUCACCGAGAUGGAGUCAAUUGCCUGGCAAAGUAUCCAAAGAGCCUAGCUACUGUCCUUUCUGGGGCAUGUGAUGGAGAGGUUAGAAUUUGGAACCUGACUAAACGAAAAUGUAUCCGUACAAUACAAGCACAUGAAGGUUUUGUACGAGGAAUAUGUACUCGCUUUUGUGGGACUUCUUUUUUUACUGUUGGUGAUGACAAAACUGUGAAGCAGUGGAAAAUGGAUGGACCAGGCUAUGGAGAAGAAGAAGAGCCCUUGCAUACAAUAUUAGGAAAGACAGUGUAUACUGGAAUUGAUCAUCACUGGAAAGAUCCUGCUUUCGCCACAUGUGGUCAGCAAGUAGAUAUUUGGGAUGAACAAAGAACCAGUCCUAUAUGUUCAAUGACUUGGGGAUUUGACAGUAUAAAUAGUGUUAAAUUUAACCCAAUUGAGACAUUUCUUUUGGGAAGUUGUGCUUCUGACAGGAAUAUAGUAUUGUAUGAUAUGAGGCAAGCCACUCCUCUGAAAAAGGUUAUCUUAGAUAUGAGAACAAAUACAAUCUGUUGGAAUCCUAUGGAAGCUUUUAUUUUUACUGCAGCAAAUGAAGAUUACAACUUAUACACUUUUGAUAUGCGUUCACUAGACACUCCUGUUAUGGUCCAUAUGGAUCAUGUAUCUGCAGUGCUGGAUGUGGACUACUCUCCCACUGGGAAAGAGUUUGUGUCUGCUAGUUUUGAUAAAUCUAUUCGAAUCUUUCCUGUGGACAGAAGUCGAAGCAGGGAAGUCUAUCACACAAAGCGAAUGCAACAUGUUAUCUGUGUAAAAUGGACUUCUGACAGUAAAUACAUUAUGUGUGGAUCUGAUGAAAUGAACAUUCGUCUGUGGAAAGCUAAUGCUUCUGAAAAAUUGGGUGUGCUCACAUCACGAGAAAAAGCAGCCAAGGAUUAUAACCAGAAGUUAAAGGAGAAAUUUCAGUAUCAUCCUCUUGUAAAACGUAUUGCUCGUCAUCGACAUUUACCAAAGUCUAUCUAUAGCCAGAUUCAGGAGCAGCGCAUCAUGAAGGAAGCUCGUCGGCGAAAGGAAAUAAAUCGUCGUAAACACAGCAAGCCUGGAUCUGUGCCAAUUGUGUCAGAGAGGAAGAAGCAUGUAGUGGCAGUUGUGAAAUAGUAUUUGGUGGUCCUACCAGUUCCAAUGUAUAAUUAUUUGUUAUUUUUGAUUUGGGAAAUAUAUAAAUAAAAGUACUGGCUCUAGUUUAAUAGUAAACAUUUCGGUUAUGUGUGCUUUUUCUUUCUUUUGUGCCAGUUGACUCUGAUCUUUUUCUUUUUUUGCUUUUCAUAUUCGAGUUUUGGCUGGUCUAAAACCUGGUUACAUCUUAGCAUAGAGAACUGUCAAGUUUAUGUGCCACUGAACAAAUAAAACAACCAUUGUAUGGUGUUUGUCUUGUCAGAGCAUUUGAUG